AUGGAGGGGAAAGACAAAAGAAGUCGCUUGCCAUGGUCUUGGAAAGGCGCUCGGAGAAGUUCUGAGAACGAGGAAAUAAUUGGGGGAGGCGAGAAAGGUCUUCAGGCACCGUGGAAGCGACAUGAAUGCCGAUGAACAAACACUGAGAAGUUGGUGAAUAAUUCAACCGGGAAAAGAGGCACUGGCGGCCAAAAACGAUGAGCCGCCAGCCAAUUAUAGUGGAAAGAAGCCGAUGCUUUCACAGGAGAUGAGAUGUGUUGCCAAGUGUGUGGCUGACAGCCGAGCUCUUAUUGCGCUCCCGGACGUCACCCACGGAUUCUUUCGGGCUGGAAGUUUCUCCUGUUCUGUGGGUGGAAACAUUGAACGUGGAGAGAAGGCGGAGAGCCAAAAGAAUUUGAUUCGUCUGAUUCGCAAUGAUUGA